AUGCCCUUCUACUGUGCGACAGAAAACAUGGCUGCGCUCUUGAGAUCGGCGCGUUUACUCAAACUUUCGUCUUCUGGCUUGCGUCAGAUCACAGGGACCAAAAGAACCGGACCGCCACUCAGUCGGCUAUACAGCGGAGCUCUCGGCGGCAGCAGAACCGGCAUUUGUUACCGACAGAUCGGCCAUGCCUUGGAAAAUGCGUCCAGUCGUGCGCUGCCAUGUGCAGUGGGGUGUGUGCGGGGCUAUACUGUGGCCACGGAGCAGAAGGAUGACACUGGCGUUGCGAUGCAGUCCAAGCAGGCGCGGGAGUUUGACUGGGCUCUGACCAAGUUGGACAGCUCUGUGAGGAGAACCGGUCGCGUCACCAAGAGCCUUCUGCUCAGCAUCUUUCAUGAUAUCUGCAGGACAGGUUAUCCCAGUGGAAAUCAGGCCUUGUUACUGCUGCGUAGCUGUGGGUCCCUGCUGCCAGAGUUGCCCAUGGAGGAGCGCACUGAGCUGGCACACCGUGUGUGGGAGAAGCUGCAAGAUUUGGGUGCACAGUAUGAUGUCAGUCACUUCAACGCCUUGUUGAAGGUUUACCUGCAGAAUGAGUUCAAGUUCUCCCCCACUGACUUCCUGGCCAAGAUGGAAGCAGCUAACAUCCAGCCCAACAGAGUUACCUACCAGAGACUCCUAGCAGCGUACUGCCAACAUGGAGAUAUCGAGGGAGCCAGCACCAUAUUGGGUUACAUGAAGAGCAAAGAUUUACCUAUCACUGAGGCCGUUUUCAACUCCCUGGUGACAGGCCAUGCUCGUGCAGGGGACAUCGAGAGUGCUAAGAACAUCCUAAAUGUGAUGAGGGGAGCAGGAAUUGAACCGGGUCCUGACACUUACCUUUCACUGCUUAACGUUUACGCUGAGAAGGGAGACCUGGACAGUCUGAAAAAGACUCUGGAGGCAGCAGAGAGUGCAGAUUGCAGUCUGAUGGACAGGGACUUCAUGCAGCUCGUCUUCACCCUGGCCAAGGCCGGACACAAGCAGCACGUCCCAGAGAUGGUUGGGCGCUUCAGGCACGAGAGGAGUUACAUUCCAGAUGCCAUGAACUUGUGCCUGAGCCUCAUCACCCAUGGCCUGGAGGACGUAGCUUUUGACGUCCUCAAGACUUUCCCCACAGUGCAGUCUGACAGCCUCAACUCACAGUCCGUCAAUCAAGGGAAUUUCUUUCUCAGACACUGUGUCAACAUGAACGUGUCACUGGAGAAGAUAGGCCUCUUUUGCAAAGAACUCCAGGAGUUGAAUAUGCACAGUGAGCCACUCACCUUCACCCUGUCCUGUGCCCUGGAGGCCAAAAAGACUGCUAUGUCUUUUGAGCUGAUGAAGAUGUUGAAGGAGCAGAACUUUCCCAUAAGGCAGCACUACUUUUGGCCCCUCCUCACUCAGCAUUUGAAAGACAACAACGCAGCUGGUGUGGUUGAAGUGUUGAAGGGCAUGCAGGAGCUGGGGUUGUCCCCUGAUGCCGACACUUUAACCAUCUACGCCCUUCCUGUCUUCCCCAGUGUUGCAGCCGGUCGACAGGCUCUCAAGGAUGCAGGUGUGUUUAUGGAGUCAGAGGGCUUCUUGUCUUCAGAGAUUCGCACAGUGGCUGGUCAGAACCUGGCUGAACUCUACACCAUGUUGUCUGAUCCCGCCUUCCCCACAAUGGACCUCAGUGUUUUCCGCAGCGGCCUUAGCCGGGGCUUCAAAAAGUCCAACGAUGUGGAGACCAUGGUGAAGAUUACUGAGCUCUUGUACAAAGACGAGCGCUUCUCAGCAGGCUCCGACCCUGCUGAAAGGACAUCCUACUUCUUGUACUAUCUGAUCGACAGCAUGUCAGAAAAGGAGGUGCAUGCACAGAAAGAGAAACUGCAGAAAUACUUCAAUCAGCUACAGACUCAGAACAUUACCAUUCCAAUAAACAUCUACAGAGGCAUCAGGAACACUCUGGGGUCCCAUAAUGUCCCAGAGCUCAUCAAGGACGUGAUUGGUUUGCUGCAAUCCAGAGACCAAGAGUCCAAUGGCUCUCUGACAGCUGUCCAUGGAAGCGAGGAAAAGGUGUUGGCACUCGAGAGGAAACUGGCCGAACUGAAAGAAGAGAAGCGACCAUUAGGCGUCAUUGUCAAGCAAAUCAUCCAGACUCUCUGCGCCGAGGACAACCUGCACCGCGCCCUUGAGCUGAAGCAGCAAUAUGAGGAGGAGAUGACAGUCGGCGGCUACGUCAGCCUCAUGAACCUGUGCUGUCGCCACAACAAUGUGGAGGAGGCGCUCAACCUGAAGAGGGAAAUAAACCGCAAGGACUCAUCAGUAGCGCUGGAGGGCAGUAAAUACAUCACACUGAUCAGGACCCUCGCCAUGAAUGGCAAGGUGGAGGAGGCGGUGGACAUCCUGAAGGAGAUGAAAGAGAAGGAGGUGGUGGUGGAUGACACAAACCUCUCCAUGCUGGUUCACAUGCUCAAUGGCUUAGCGGCCAAGGGCAACGUCCCCACCAUCCGACGGCUGCAGGACACCAUCUUCACCCUCGGACUGGCAAUGCCGACCACCAAUCUGUGCUCUCCUCUGAUUACUGCCUACCUGCACAGCAAUGACCUGGCUGGAGCUCUAGAUGCAGCAGUGGAGUGUCAGAAGCUCUACAAGCGCCUGCCUCGCAUCCACGACAUCAUUAUUGGUCUUGUGGAGAAAGGAGACACCGAACUGCUGCAGAAAGCCAUGGACUUUGUGAGUCAGACUCAAGGAGAGAUGGCCAUGCUGUAUGAUCUGUUCUUUGCGUUCCUGCAGGCGGGUCGCUACCGUGAGGCUCGCAAAGUCAUUGAGACCCCCGGGCUGAGGGCAAAGCCUGGACGCCUGAAUUGGUUCGCAGAGAGAUGCAUUUUUAACAAACAGAUGGAGGCCUUGGAGCAGAUGGUGGACAUAACAGUCAAGCUGUUCCAGUGCGACAGAGAUGAGAUGUACAGUUACAUCCUCCGUCUCUGCAAGGAGACAAAUGACUGGCAGAAGGCAGACGCGGUGUGGACGAAGAUGCAGGAGGAGAACGUGAUUCCCAGGGAGAGGACCCUGCGUAUGCUGGCAGACAUCCUGAAGAAAAACGGCCAGGAGGUGCCCUUUGCAGAGCCUGAGACCUGGUACGAACAAAAUGCCAAAGAGACGGCAAAUUCUGAAGCAAACGUCGCCGUAGCCGAUGCUGGUCCCGACGUCCAGGCCCGUCUGAUUGCCCUCUGCAAAAAGGGCAAAGCCAAAGAAGCCCACAAGAUACUGAAGGCUGCCGUUGCAAAGGGUGUGGCAUUAGACCUGGCCACUUACGACCAGGUAAUCCGUGCCCUGCUGGCCGAGGGAUCCCUGGAGGAAGCCAUGGCAGUCAAGGACAUGACUGUGUUUCAUGUGCCAGGCUUCCAGCUGAGCGACAAAGCCAUCACUUUGCUCAUCAUCACACACAGCAAGAAAGGCCAAACUGACGUUGCUCUCGAGUUACUGAAGUCCAUGGUGUUGGCGCACCAAGUGCCGUCACAGCUGGCCAUCACCAGACUGGUCCAGGCCAUGGGUAAAUGUGGUGACGUGGCGGGGAUCCAGGUUGUGGAGUCACUGACAAAGGACCUCGGCAUGCUCCAUAAUGUGUCCAGCAUGGUGUUUGUCAACAACACGGCCCUGGCACACAUCAGGAAUGGCGACGUGGAAUCAGCAGUGGAGGUGAUAGAGGCAGUCUUCACGAAUCCAGACAGCAGUAACGCCAGCAUCGCGUUCGUCUUCAGAAAGAUCUUGGAAGAGGACAAUGACAAAGCCAUGGACAAGAUGAGCGCGUUGGCAGAGCGGCUGGCCAACCAUUUCGCCUGCUACAAACCAGCUUUGCAGCUCUUCCUAGAGCUGCUGGAUGUGGACAAAGUCGAGGACGCCAAGUUCAUGCUGGCUCGCUGCAACGCCUUGGCUGAACAGAAGCCGCUGCUGAUGUCCUACAUGGCUCGAAAGGCUCAGAUUCCUGGACAGGUGAACAAGAUCAAGAACCUCAUCGACCUGAUUCCAGACUUCGCUGAGAAGCACGUGCAGUACGCGUACCUGAUGAAAUGCCAUUGUCUGGAUAAGGACUUAUCGGCAGCCAAGGCUCUGUACGAGCAGAUUCAGAAGGAGGGGACAGUCAUAGACGAGCUGUCACUCAAACGGCUGGCUCAGCUUUACCACAAGAAAGGAGAGACGGCGCCCUUCCCCGAGCCCCCUGAGUCCUUUAGGUUCUAUGCAGACAAGCUGAAAGCUGACAAAGACCAGAUGGCGCCGGAGGAAUAAAGAUUCAUCCUCCUCAUCUCACCUCCAUCCAGAUCCCACUGUUGUUUCUCCCUUUCUUUUUUUUUUUACAUGACUUGUUUGAGCCGAAAUGUUGGGUGUUGUGUUAUAGCUGUCUGUUGGCACACUCUUUCCACUGCGCUAUUGAUAAUGAUGAAGAUGAUGAUAAUGUACAGAAGUAUUUAUGCCAAUAAAUGAUGUUAGG